CGACGACCACGGCUUCAGCGGCGGCGAACACCUCAUUGACGAUGUCGGACCGACGCAGGGCAGAGAUUGAAGCCAAACGAGCCAAACUUGCUGAGCUUAAGAAGGCUAAAGAGCUCAGAAAGCAGCAGGAGCUCGAGCGCAGAGCCCAAGGAUCCCCAUCCUCAAACAUUGCCGUUGCCCAGCGAGACGUCGACGACCUCGUCUCUACCCUCAUCGGGCCCAGCCGCAGGACGACGCUCGACACCGUUGAUUCCCCGUCUUCUUCGAUACCCGGCACACCUCUCCUGCCGUCCUCGACCCCCCUACCUGGUCCGUCCUCAUUGUCUCAAUCUCAAUCAGGCCGUGCAAGCAGACAAAGUGAUGUAGCUUCUGACCGCCUCAGCUUUGGGACGACCAUGGUCAUGUCCAACGGAGGUACCGAUCAUGUCAUGGACAGAGAGAUGACCCCACGGAUGAUACCCGACCUAAUUGACGUAGAGCAAGAGCUCUUUGAGCUACCGCAGAAGGAACGCGUGAUUUAUAACAAGGAAGUACAGACUAUGGCUCUCGAAGAUGAGCCCGCCGAUGCACCCUCCGAAGAGGGAAACCACCAACGUCUUCUCCGAGAACGCGAAGCAGCUGAAGCAGAGCGUGUUCAACGAGAGAAGGAGCUUGAGGAGGAGAGCGUCCAGCUUGACAAAGAGAUCGAGGCAGAGAUUCGAGAGAUGACGGAUGAAGAGAAAGCCAGCGUAUUCUCUGCACCCGAGUUCCUUGACUUCGUGGAACACUCUACCAAGAUCAUUCAGCGGGCACUGAACGACAAUUACGACUAUGUGCGUGAUUACACCAUCGGCACAGAGACCGGCGCCGAUGAUUCUGAGGGCCGGAGGGUUAAACGACUGUGCGAGUUCUAUGACGAACGGCAUGGUAAGAACCGGUCUAUCACGGACGUAGGUUGGUCACCAAAGUAUCCGGAACUAUGUUGCGCAUCAUACAACAAGAACCCGGCCGCGCUGAAUGAACCCGAUGGUAUCGUAGCGGUAUGGAAUAUGCAUCUUCUGGAGCGCCCGGAGUUUGUCUUUCAUUCGCAGUCGGACGUUCUUUCAGUGACAUUCUCGCCUUUUCAUUCAAAUCUCAUAUUCGGGGGCACGUACUCUGGACAGAUUCUCUUAUGGGACACACGUUCGAAGCACCUCCCGGUGCUGAAGACGCCAUUGUCAGCGGCAGGACACACCCACCCGGUGUACGCAAUGCAGAUGGUUGGCACCCAGAACGCCCACAACUUGAUCACGAGCAGCACGGACGGUAUGGUGUGCAGCUGGCUCGUCGACAUGCUCGCGCAACCCCAGGAAACGCUUGAACUUGUCCAUGCCGGGCAUAACAAGACGGGAGAAGUAGCAAUUACGACGCUCAAUUUCCCUUACAAUGAGACGACGACGUUCUGGGUCGGCACGGAGGAGGGCAAUGUGUACCAGGCGAACAGAUACGAUCGCGCCGGCGCCAAGGCCGGUCUUAACCAGUAUGAUGUCUACAAAGGACAUUCAGGGCCGGUGAUGGGCUUGCAUUUUCACCCAUUACACGGGCCCGUGGACUUUUCAGACCUCUUCCUGACGUGCUCGGCGGAUUGGACGGUCAAGCUCUGGCGCGCGAAGUCGCUCGCGAAGCCGUCCACAAGCGCGAACAUAGUCGCGCCAUUGUACUCGUUCGACGAAGCAGACGACUACGUGUAUGAUGUGAAAUGGCAUCCGGCGCACCCAGCCGUAUUUGCCUCGGCUGACGGCUCGGGGAAGUUUGACCUGUGGAACCUGAACUCGGAUACGGAGGUCCCCGUGGUGUCGACGACCGUGGGGCAGGGACGGGCUAUCAACAAGCUGCAGUGGGAUCACAAAGACGGACGACGCGCUGCGCUUGGAGGGAGCGAUGGAAAGCUCUACGUGUAUGAUAUUGGAGACAUGGCGCUCCCCCGCGAAACAGAGUGGGCGGAUUUGCAGAGGACGAUCGCGGGCAUGACAGGUGGCGGUGGUGCAUACGCGAACGGCAUAGCAGACGGUGGAGAGGCGAUGCGGUCGCUGAAUGGUCGCUAGGGGUGCGUAGGUCUUCUGUGUACUCCUUCGCGCGUUCCUGGAGGUCCCGGAUCUGCCGAAUUUGUGCGCUCACGAGGGGUGUGCCGGUGCUCCUAUGGCGGCAUUGCAAGUCGUACCCCGCCCCAUCCCUGACUCCUCGUUGUAACAUACGC